AUGCCCUGGCAACCGCUGCCUCGCAUCGCCUUUGCGGUAGCCAUCUACCCUUUCGCCGCCCAGGGUCCUCAAGAUCUCCCCCUCGAACUAGGCGAUGAGCUCUACAUCAUCGAAGAGACCUCCGAUGGCAACUGGCUGCGCGGGUAUCUGGUCGCCCCGCCCAGCCUGCUGGCCGGCUUGACAAGCGUCAAAGGCCAAACUCUCGAGGCUCGCGUUUUCUCGGGCAUUUUCCCGCGCAGCUGUGUUGAGAUCCGCGAAGUCUUGGGCGAGUCCGACGAGUCCGACGAGUCCGACGCAAACUCUUCUUCUCUGACUGACGAAGAUGGUGCUGCCCCCGAGCCUGGCGAGAGGGGCGUUGAGAACAAGCGCAGAAAGGCCGGCAGUAGGAAGGGAGGGAGGUCGACCAGUCCAGGACUGCUUUCAGUGCCCGUGAGGCGCGACCCAAAUGCGCCGCGACCCCCUGCUCCCGUCCCCAUGCUCAAGAUCGGCGAUGAAACACCCACGUCCGCGUCGGAGCCGCUCAUUGACGAAAUCGCCUCGUGUCUAAGAGAAUGGCACUCCACGAACCUCCACGAGCUGCUGCUGUCGCGGCAGUAUUCCAAGCUCGACACCUUGUCGCAUCUGAUCACGUCCCUAAACCUCGCCCGUCAGCAGUUUCUACAUGAUGUUCUUACAAGCUGGGAAUACGAGAAACUCCGCGAGAAGACCGUCUGGGAUUUGGUGAAGGUCAACAAGCUGUGUGGGGGGGAGGUUAUCGUGCGCGAUCCGAACGCCCGAGGUCGCGUCUUGACUGGCGACGACUCCGUGAUCGAGGUCACCAAGCUGCAGUCCAUCAUGAGCUUGCUGGAAGAGCCGCCCACGCAGCCUGUUGAGCUUACUGCCCUGCACCACCUGCUUGUCGACAUCAAAGGUUUUGCCGGCGCAUCCACGGAGGCUACCACGCUGGUCUUAUACCUGGCCAUCAAGCCUCCGGGAGGCACUCUGAAGCCGCUUUCCGAGUGCUACAUCGUCGAGAUGCCCGCCGGUGGGCAGAUGGGCCACCUGGCCAGGAACGCCCAGAUGCGCACCCUCUUCACCGACCUGACUGCCGCUGAGAUCGGCGAUGUGCCCGCCAAUGAGCCUGAGUUAUUUCUUAUCGUCAAGAUUCGCGCGUCGCAACAGGUGGUCGCCGUGAAGCCGAGCUCGCGGUCCGGCUCCAUCUCCCAGGCGUUGCCACAGUUCGCUAAAGAUCAUAAGCCCCCCUUAUCUGCCGGCGCCAAAUCCGUGCGUAGGAGCCUGAUGUGGGCCGGCAAGACCACAAGAUCCGCGUUUUCUAGGGGAAACGCUAGGCUUGAUUCCCUCUCGGAGCAACCCGAGGAGACGGUCGGCUCGCCGCACACAGCAGGCGCUGAGAGCAGAGACGGCAUGCCGCCCGGCACUGCCAACUCGAAGUCGGGCGGGGGGGGACGCACGUCGGUGGAUGGCCAUGUCGCUCAGGCGACGGCCGACCGGACCGUUGGUGUUGGCAUCUUGAAGCUGAACUCGGUCAUGAAACAAGCCGACGAGGUCGAGCAUAUCGUCACCAUCUGGUCUCCCUCGGUUAGGGUACCGGAGAGGAAUGAGGCAGGCGAAGAAUGGGACCCCAUCAUUCGCGACUUGCUCGAGAGCAAGACGGGACACUAUGAGAAGUCGAGAAGGGCGGAGCGCGUGCAAGUUCAUCUGCGCGCGUUUAACCACCCGGAUGCUGACGCGCUCAUCAAGGCGACCCCAACCAUGCUUGCUGGUGUCUGCAAGACGAACAAGAUGGGCUUCGCCGGCGCACCGACGAAGCCACGUUCCGACAUCUACCUUACGCUUGAUGAGGCCGUCCUCUCCCGGCAGACUCUCCUGUCCCGAGCUGGCGGCAGCCCGACGUCGCUGCCGAACGCCGUUCACGGGACCAACCUCCAGCUGACGCUCGAGGUCCGCAGGUCAACGGGCGAGCGCGUCGAGAGCUGCAUUUACCCAUCGUCCAAUGCCGAGCCUGCCAGCGCGUGGAAGACGGUCGUAACGGAACGCGGGGAGAAAUGGCGCCAAACCAUCAGGCUCUCCCUCUCCCCCUCCGACGUCUCGCAGUCGCACGUCGUCCUGCAUCUCGCCGACGCUCCGAAUCCCCCUUUUGCCAUCGCCUUCAUGCCCCUGUGGGAUCGCCAGGCUUUCAUCCACGAUGGCGCCCACAGCUUGCUGCUCUACCGACUCGAUGAAAAUACCUCCAACGCUCAGCCGGGCUCCCAGGGCAGAGGUGGCUACCUGAGCCUGCCUUUCGCCGCGGCCGAGGAUAAGCGGCAUCACCACGGCCCAGGCAGCGAGGGCAGCGGGCCUCUGGCCAUGGUGCGUGUGGAUACGUACCUCUGCAGCACGAGGUUCUCGCAGGACAGGGUGGUUCUCGGGCUGCUGGCUUGGAAGGAGUCGUCUCGGGAGGGCAUCCCACAUCUUCUGAAGCAGUUCAUUUUCGUCCCGGAGAUCGAGGUUGUCAAGCUGCUCAACGACGUGUUGGAUGCUUUGUUUGGCAUUCUGGUCGAGUACUCGGGCAACGAUGACUACGAAGACCUCGUCUUCACCGCGCUCGUGCGCGUUCUCGACAUCGUGCACGACCGGCGCUUCAAUCUGGCGCCGUUGGUUGACCAGUACGCCGAGACCCGGUUCAACUAUCCGUUUGCCACGCUCUGCCUCGUCCGGUCCUUCAUCCGGCUGCUGUCCAAGCCUACCGAGCCCGAGACCGCGAGGAAGCUUCGCUCAACCUUCAAGGUUGCGCGACAUAUCCUCAAGUUCAUCACCCACGCACGCAGCCAGCAGAAGGCGAAAGAAGCAGGCAUCGGCAUCACCGGUCCGAAUGCGGGCUUUACGCGCCACUUGCGCACCAUCUUCAAGGCCCUCGACUCCAUGAUGCGCAGCAGCGCCCCGGUGUUGAUCGGUAGCCAGACCCUGGCUGUCCAGCAUUUCCAUACCUGGCUGCCGGAGCUCACCGGGCUGUUGAGCACGGAAGAGAUCCUCCAUAUAGCUAUUGACUUCAUGGACUCGUGCUCGAAGGUCAAGGGCAAGCUCAUCCUCUUCAAGCUGGUGCUCAUCAUCAACUAUGCCAGGCUCGAUAUCUUCUCGGGGGCCGAGCAGCGGUCGGCCCUGAGCGCUAAUACGGUCAGGUGGAUCGCGCCGCAUUGGGGCUACACCGACGAGGUUACCGACCAGUGGAGGGACCAGGUUCGUCUCUGCUGCUCUGUGCUCGCCAGCCAGAUGGACCACCUUGGUCCGGAGAUCCCGGAUUACAUCCCCAAGAUUAUCGGCAAGCCCAUCUCGGAGCCGGCGAUCUUUGACGAGGCCCUGAUUGAGCUUUCGGCCAUCCUGUCGGCGUUGUCUAGCUCCCCUAGCGGUAUGCAGCUCGAGUUAGCCGAGGACGAUCUGCACGUUAUCGUCGAAAAGUGCCUGCGUGUGCACAUGUCCAUCCUUCAGGGGGAGGCCUUCCCCCAGAACUGGCUCAGCGUCCACAUCUAUCACCACAAGUCGGCCAUGCGCGUACUACAAUACCUAGCCAGCAUCCUCCUCGACUCUUUCCUGCCUCAUCCCGACGAGGCCGAGAGCUUCAACACGGAACUGUGGAAGCUCUUCUUCACAACCCUGCUCAAGCUUGUCGGCAGCCCCUCGCUCGCGCUCGAGACCUUCCCGGAGCAGAAGCGACGCGCCGUCUGGAAGAUCGCGGGAGAUGUCCGGGAACAUGGCGCUGAUUUGCUGCGCAAGACUUGGGAGGCAAUCGGCUGGGAGACUACAGUCGAGGAGCGCGCGCGGUUUGGCCUGUCUAAGCUGGGUGGCUACCAGGUUCAAUACGUGCCUACUCUGGUCGCUCCCAUCGUGGAGCUCUGUCUCAGCGUGCACGAGGGCCUGCGUAGGAUGGCCGUUGAGGUGCUCCAGACCAUGAUCGUCAGUGAAUGGACUCUUAGCGAGGAUCUGUCGGUUAUCCAAACCGAGAUGAUCGACUGUCUGGACGCCUACUUCAAGGCGAAGCCGCUCACAGAGAGCAUCCUGCAGAAGCUGUUCAUCGGCGAGCUCCUCGAGCGGUUCGAGCCGUUGCGCAAGGUCGAUUCGGAAGACCCGCUCUACAAGUCCCUGCGCGAACUGACCGACACCGUCGACGAGUUCUUGGAUCUGCUGGUCGCCGUGCACAGUGGCGACGGCUCUGGCGAGGCGACUCAUCUCAUCCAUCGCCUCAGGCUUAUGGAGUUCCUGAGAGAUAUGCAGAAAGAAGAGAUCUUCAUCCGUUAUGUGCACCAGCUAGCGAACCUGCAAGCCCAGGCCCGGAAUCACACCGAAGCCGGCCUGGCGCUGAGACUCCAUGCCGACCUCUACGACUGGGAUCCGCUCAAGACGACACCGGCCUUGCACGAACCAGAAUUCCCCGCUCAGAGCCAUUUCGAGCGCAAGGAGCGCAUCUACUUCGACAUGAUCAAGCACUUCGAGGACGGCGAGGCUUGGAGCAGCGCGCUGGCAGCGUAUAAGGAGCUGCAGACGCAGUAUGAGACCAAUGUGUUCGACUUUGCAAAACUGGCCCGCACCGAGCGCGCCAUCGCCAGCAUCUACGAGCACAUCGUCAAGAGCGACAAGCUGGUGCCCAAGUACUUCAAGGUUGUCUUCAAAGGUCUCGGCUUCCCGCCCAGCGUGCGCGACAAGGAAUUCGUCUUCGAAGGCUCUCCCAACGAGCGCACCGCCAGCUUCACCGACCGCAUGCAGGAGAUGUACCCAGCUGCUCGUAUCGUCACUACCGAGCAUAUCGACGACCUCGAAGGCCAGUUCCUUGUCAUCUCCAUGCUAAGCCCGCAUCGUGACCCGAGCCACCAGGUCUAUCAGCGCGCUCGCGUUCCUCAGAUCAUCAGAGACUACCUCCUGUCGGCGAACCCGCAGACCUUCUCGGUUACCGUGCGCCGCGUCACGGCCGGCCCUGUCCAUGAGCAUUUCACUGACAAGCUGGUGUACACGACGGCGGAGCCAUUCCCGACCAUCCUGCGGCGCAGCGAGGUCGUGUCCGUGCGCGAAGUACGCCUCUCCGCCGGGGAGACGGCCCUGGAGCGCAUCGUGCGUAAGACGGCCGAGAUGUCAAGCCUGGAGAAGAAGAUUGCAGACGGAGAAGCCGGCGAGGAUGCUGCCCAACUGCUGCUGGAUGCCGUUGCUAUUAGCGUAAACCCCGGCUCUGAAAGCAGCGUGGCUGCGUAUCGUCAACUGCUGCCGGGGGCGAAGGAACGGACUAGUGGCAGCGAGCAGUUUGAUCUGGAGGAUCUGGAACAAGCUCCUGAGCUGAGUCCGCAGGAGAAUGCCAUCAAGAUGGCCCUGGUGGAUCAUGCGAUUAUGCUGAAGAGGUGCUUAGCGACGGUAGCGAAGUUCGGGAGCGAGCAACUCUCGAAGAGAGUUGAGGAGCUCCAGCGAUAUUUCGAAACCACCUAUGCGCCUGAAAUUGCCCUCUUCACUCCGGCCCCGGCGAUCAUGUCUUCUUCUACUGCAGGCUUGACAUCGGGAACCCUCCGAUCUUCCCCGUCAAUGUCUUACCCUCAGCAAUUCCAACAGCAGCCUACGCAGCAGCCUAAGAACGGCACCUCCUCUUCCCCGACGCCCGAGCACAAGCCCGCUCAAUCAAUCUCCUUCCUCCACGGCCGCGCCCCGCGGCUCAGCUUCCUGCACAGCAGUCGCAAGAAGGAGCACCACCAUCAGAGGUCCGCCACAGCUACCAACGGUGCAGAUAUGAAGCACCCGCUCUAUGAGACCGAAGGCAAUGACACUGUCGUGUCACUCGGCGCCGCCAAGAGCGUUACCUCGUCCGUAACAGGUGCGAGCACCGCUAAGGAGGGUGCGUCAACCGGGCAUCACGGCAACAGGCGUAGCUUCUUCAAGGUGACGAGCGUUCCGAACCUCACUGGUAGUAGUUCAGGCCAGGGCAAUACCAAUCAUAAUAUGAAUGGCGAUGGCUCACACCACCACCGGAUUACGGCCCAGCCGUCAUCGAAUGUCGGCUCGGGAGUGGCUGCCGGGAUGGGGGUCACCAAUGAGUGGGUUACUGAUGCCGGUACCUCCUCGGUGGCGGGGACCGCGAGCUUCGAGCAUCACCGCAACUACGGAAUGGCGGAGAAAGACGGGGCGGUUGUUACCACUUCGAAUCCCGUCAGCAGCAGUGGAGAGGGCCAGACACACGGCCAUGGGCAUGGGCACCACCACCAUGGUAGCUCGAUUGGUAGCGUGAGGAAGAGGCUGAGCCUAUUGAGGCUCGGGAAGAAGAGUAGCAGGGGCGCCGGAAUGUUAGGUGGGGUUGAUGAAGAGUGA